ACUAUGAUUGAUCAAUGGCAGCCAAAGCGUAGGAGAACGUGUACUACAAUGGUCAUGCAUUCAUAAUAUUUAUUCUGUGUUAUUGUAAAGUGGAUCGACGUAUCCUGCAUGCCUCGGCCAGCGUUCGUAGAUAUUAAGCCACGCUUUUACCUAUCAGGCACAUUGGAAACAAAUAUGAGGGCCCCCUUGAUGUCGAGGGGUUCGAGAAAUCAUGCUUCUGUCGCGAAAAAUGAGAAGGAGAAUACCGUGUAGGUUGAACAAAGAUGGACGACUAUCCGUGCCAGCCGAGCCUGGUACCGCAUGGUAAUACUCGGUCUUAAUUUACUUCUGAUAUUACGUCACUUUCCGCGUAGCACGAAGCAAGCAUUUGCUUUCAGCCGAAUAGACAAGCUUGUACCAGAUGUUCACUCUGACGCUGCAACGGCAGUCGGAGAAUCCAGGUCUUGGUAUGCAAUUGUAUCAGGAAUUUACUCAAGAACGUACCUACGUCGCAACUACGAGCCAACGCGCUACACUUAUAGAUACCUUAUAAUUGGUCAUACCUAUUUAGGUACGUCAAGGUCUCGUGUAAGAUGAAAAGAAAAUAAUCAGACCACGGCCAUGUGGAGCUGACGAUAUUAUGCUCUAUGUACAUGAGCUAUCUCAAACCUACGUGUAAUAACUGUUC